AAUAAGAGGAAGGGCCGUUGACUACAGGCUGCAACGACCUGCAAUCUGAUGAUAUUUAUGUAAAAAAUAUCAUAUUGAGAAUAUGAGCAGAUGAUUUGUAUAUUAUAAUCUAAGCUUUCUUGAAUGGUGGGUGAUAAGUUUGUAUUGUGGGUUUCUUUUGUUUUCUGCUUCAUUCAGUUGCUUGAUCACUUUGCAAAUGUUUCUGGAACUGCUGAAGGCGAUGCUUUGUAUGCACUGAAGAACAGUUUGAUUGGUGAUCCUAACAAUUUUCUGCAAAGUUGGGAUUCAAAUGCAGAUCCUUGUACUUGGUUUCAUGUCACUUGCGACGAGGAGAAACACGUUAUAAGAGUUGAUCUUGGAAAUGCAAACCUAUCGGGUCAAUUGAUUUCACAGCUUGACCAGCUUCCAAAUUUGCAGUACUUGGAACUUUAUGGUAACAACAUAAGCGGCAGAGUUCCUGAUGAGCUUGGGAACUUAACAAGCUUGAUCAGCUUGGAUCUUUACCAAAACAAAUUGAUCGGUCCUAUUCCAGACGCGUUAAAAAAGCUCCAGAAAUUAAGAUUCCUGAGGCUAAACAACAACACUUUUACUGGCACUAUACCUUAUUCUUUGACUACAAUCUCGUCGCUGGAAGUCCUUGAUCUUUCGCACAAUCAGUUAACAGGACGAAUUCCAGUCGAAGGAUCCUUCAGCCUUUUUACUCCCAUUAGUUUUGAUGGCAACAAACUUGACAAUCUUGUUUCUCCACCGUCUUUAGUUCCACCAGCACCUGCAUCUUCUAAAACUGUCAGAACUGGAGCUAUUGCUGGUGGAGUGGCUGUCGGUGCUGUGCUGCUGUUUGCUGGUUCUCUAAUUGUGCUUUCUUGGUGGUCAAAAAAGAAGAGAAACGAUAUUUUUUUUAAUGUACCAGCUGAAGAAGACACAGAAAUUCAUCUAGGGCAACUCAAGCGAUUUCCUCUGCGUGAAUUGCAAGUUGCAACAGAUAAUUUUAGCAACAAAAAUAUUUUGGGCAGAGGGGGUUUUGGAAAAGUUUACAAAGGCCGCUUGGUUGAUGGAACGCUAGUGGCUGUAAAAAGACUCAAAGAAGAACGGACCCAAGGAGGGGAACUGCAGUUUCAAACAGAAAUUGAGAUGAUUAGCAUGGCGGUUCACAGAAAUCUACUUCAGCUGCGAGGCUUUUGUAUGACACCAACCGAACGCUUGCUUGUUUAUCCAUAUAUGUCUAAGGGAAGUGUUGCAUCAUGUUUAAGAGAGAGAAGUGAGGCACAGCCUCCAAUAGAUUGGCCAAAAAGGAGGAGCAUCGCACUUGGAUCUGCAAGAGGACUUGCAUAUCUGCAUGGUCAUUGUAAUCCUAAGAUCAUUCACCGUGAUGUCAAAGCUGCAAAUAUAUUAUUAGAUGAAGAGUAUGAAGCAGUGGUCGGGGACUUUGGGCUGGCAAAACUCAUGGACUACAAGGAUACUCAUGUUACUACUGCUGUACGCGGAACUAUUGGACACAUAGCACCUGAGUAUCUAUCCACAGGAAAGUCUUCAGAGAAGACUGAUUGUUUUGGCUAUGGUAUCCUGCUUCUUGAACUCAUUACUGGACGAAGGGCUUUUGAUCUUGCUCGUCUUGCCAAUGAUGAUGAUGUGAUGUUGCUUGAUUGGGUGAAAGGGCUUGUGAUGGAAAAGAAGCUGCAAUCAUUGGUUGAUGCUGAUAUGCAGGAUAACUAUGUAGUUGAACAGGUGGAAGAGUUAAUUCAGGUAGCUUUGCUCUGCACACAAGAUUCACCAUCUGAACGUCCUAAAAUGUCCGAAGUUGUUAGAAUGCUUGAAGGUGAUGGCUUGGCUGAGAGGUGGGAAAAAUGGAAGGAGGAGAUGUUUCGUCAAGAAUUGAAUAACACAAACAAUCCGUUUACUCGUUGGACCAUUGCUGAUUCCACCUACAACCUUCGAGCUGAUGAAUUGUCUGAACCAAGAUAAUCCCAUCAUGUCACUUAUCACAUAUAGAUUUUGAGGACCUAUUGUUAGACAAAUUUAUCUGUCUACGAGCCCACGUAGCUCAAUGUGCUUUGACUGUGUAGUUAGAAUCAACCAUUUUAAUUUUUAUUCAGUCUUUAAUAUUAAACAUCAUUCCUGACAUUGAGGGGUAACUGGUAAGUAAAAUGUUUUAUAUACAAAUUCUCCUCUCUUCUUUUUUUUCUUA